CCGGCAGACGGAAGAAGACCGAAGUCAGCGCCACCCUCGUAUUCAGCGUCAACCAGUAUGCCAGCGCCGGGGUCACGGCAGCGGGCAGCGCCGCGGCCGGAACCGAUACCGGUGUUAAUUCCGCCACUAAUAGUGUCACUACCGGUACCGGCGGGGCGGGACAAAGUACGGGUGUGAAGCAGGUGCGAGUACUGGUGCGCACCGCCACGGAUGACGAGAUCGCCAAGGCCCGCACCAUCCCCGCGACCACGCCCAUUCAGGUGGCCGCUGACUGUCAGACCUUCACCAUUCAGGGCGCGACGCAGGCUAUUGUCAGCGGAGGCGGGGAGAACACCAAGUGUAAGGGAGCCCUGGCGCCGAUGAAGGAAGCGUUUGCGAUGAAUGUCGGCGCGCUGGAUGCCCGCAUUGCCGAUAAUUUGGCCGGGAAUGCCAGUGAGACUGCCGCGAAUUUCGGAGUGGGCGCGUGUUUUCCCAAUGCGGUGGAGCUGAUCGUUGAUGGAGCGUUUGUGUCCAUUCAGUCUAAUGAUGCGGAGAUGGGCGUGACCAACUACCAAGACACACUGACGUUGGAAGAACUGGGCAAACGCAAUUCCAAGUCGUUCGUCGCGCGGUUGUUCCGUCUGUUAUCCUCCGGCAUCGAUGUGGAUGUCCAAGCUUUGGCCGUUACCAACAGGAGCCGUCCCAGCGAUCUUUCCUCCGGGAACAGUAUGAUCCAGGUGAACAUUCCCACCAACAAGGCCUCUUCAUCGCAUGUCCUUCUACUGGUGCACAGUGGACAAAAUGGUCAGUGCGGGACAUCCUUUUACAUCUCGGAGGAAGAAUCUACCUUCGGAACAGGUGACCAAACCUCCAGCGGCGGCAGUCAAACUUCACAGGGCAAACCAUCUGGUGUGGAGAUUGCCGGUAGUACUGGCUCCGAAGAAUCCAGCUCCGGUUCCGUGAGCGGUGGCCGCACCACCAAAAAACGCGGCGCGGCGGAUAGCGGCGACACUUCGCGGACCAAAGCCAGAAAACCGGCGGGUGGCGAUUCUGACACCGCCGAAGGCAGUGAAGGCACCUCCCGGACCAAGAAACCGGCUUCCUCGGGCGGCGGUUCCGACAGCGGUGAAGCCAGCGACGGCACAUCCCGGACCAAAGGAAAGACGCCUAAGCCCACCGCUUCUAGUGGCGGGGACAAUGGCGACGGCAGUUCCAAGACGAAGGGCAAGACUCCCGGAGGCGGGAGCGGGAAUGGACAGGGCGGCGCGGGUGACCUCGACGACAACAACGGCGAUGAAAACGACGUGACAACCACCACUGCUGGCUCGGCCUCGGGAGUUGGCGAUGAUCGCACGCACCGUAAGACCACCAUGCCGUCGGGAUCGGAUCAAGACCAGAGCGGUAGCGAUCAGUCGUCCAUUGUGACAAGCGCUUCCGUCACAACAACCGGCGCAUCGGCUGGAUCCAGUAUCGACAAUUCGGGAGCGUCGGCCGGCGGAUCCACUACGGUUAGCGGCACGACCGUAGCUCCGGCACCCACCGGGGCGUCGGCCGGUGGGGCUGUCAACGCCGGCUCGGUCAAUGCCGGGUCCAUUCCUAACGGCGCUGUCGCACCUGGACCCGUCCCGGCCGGACAACCGGCGGUGAAGGAUAGCGGGGCAGUUGGUCCGGCGCCGGCAGCCGCCAGCGGGUAUGGCGGUGGGGAGCCGGCGUAUGGGGGCGGGGCCAUGGGUGGCGGGUACGGAGGCGGUGGGGGUGGAUAUGGGGGUGGCGGUUACGGAGGCGGGGGUUACGGCGGCGGACCGGGAUUUGGGGGUGGGUUUUAUGGCGGAGGAUUCGGAUACGAAGGGUUCCCAGGAUACGGAAUGGGACUUUAUGGCUGGCUUAGUCCGCAAUCGAUGUUCUGGGGCGGUCUCAAUGGAUUAUUUGGAUUCAAUGGAGCCAAUAGUUACAAAUAGCCUGAAAUAGGACACCUGUUUGCACAAGCACAACUGCAAUCAGAUUUUUAUUUUCUGUUUAACGUGCUCGAUUUUCCUUAAUGUCUGAUUGUACCAAAUUGGUUCAAGAAUUGAGAAUUAUGGAAAGCAUAAUAAAUACUCGUGCA